AUGGACGUUGGGACGCCGCUCGCACCACAGACCAGCUUUCACAGCCACUCUCGGUCCGUGCCGUGCCGCGCUGCGCCCCCCGUUCGAGCUCCGUCAUCCGUCAUAGCGUAUGAUCGCGUAUGCCUCAGCCCAGCUCUGCUCUGCGUGUCCUUGUUUUGUUGUUUCGGCCUGCCUGCAUUGCAUCUACUCAUAUCACACUACAUCCACCUCGCCUGGACUGCCUCCAUUUCUGCCUGCGGACCACACGCAUACGCAUGCGCACCUGAGCUCAUUGCUUCAGAGCCAGCCCAGGCCAGGCCAGGCCACUUGAAACGACACGCGGACAUUGCGUCAAUCCCGCCCAGUCCCCACCAUCACCACCACUACCACCACCACCGCACCCUCCUCUUAGCGUCCGCCUGCCAUUGCUGCAGCUUCUCCCUCCUCUAG